AUGGCCGACACCACCACAGAUUCCGCCGAGAAGCUGCCGGAAGACGCGACUUAUCUGUGCGCUUGGUCUCUUGUCAAGCCAAAGGAGUGGCUCACCGUAGACUGGGAUGACCCCAAGGACCCUCGGGACGACGUCGAUCUUUGGAACAACGACCUCAAGUGCCACCUUCGGGACCUUGUUCCACUAGCAUUCUCCAACAGGCUGAAUCACAUGAACGAGCCACAGCGAGAGCUGGUUUAUCAAAUUCUGAACGGGUUCAGGAGGUUUCGGUCGCGCAAGAGAGCCGGAGAAUAUCAUAUCAUCGCCGGCCUGAUCACCACCAAUCCAAAAAUAAUCACACGGAGUCCGUUCUUGCCACCAGCAGACGAGCUUGCGACGAGGAUACCGCUGAUUCGUACCAUUCGUUCACGUCGUCAGGCUGCCAGCCCAGAUGUUUUGAAGUUCAAGGACAUAUCCAGAGCGCAGGCGAAAGGCGACUUGAAAGACGCCCAAGCUCGUCGCCCGGGAUUUGCAAACCGUUAUUUGCAUGCUACGAAACGAACACUCGCGGAUCAAUGUGUCAUCUCGAGCUACCCACGCCCCGACAACUGUCACAUUCUUCCCUGGAUCAUGACCGCGACCCCGCAGCUGGUCAAUUUGAUCAACAGGGCAAAGACCACGUUCAGCGAGUUUUUUCCUGACCUUGAUUUGACCGGGAUCCUUUACACGUCGUUAGCGUCGUAUGACACCGUCGCUAAUAUUCUGCCUUUGAACGUGGAGGUGCGGCGCUUGUAG